ACAGAAAACAAUGAAUCGGCUUCCCAACCUCAUGAGCAAGAUUCAAGGUGUUGAUGUGGCGCAGCUUCCACAAGAUCAAGGCGCCCAAGCAGAGCUAUUACGGCUGACCAGAGAAGUGACAACGAUCUUGGAGGGGCCGGUCAAUCGAGCCACAGAUCUCGUGUUCAAGCCCUAUACCACUGUUGCAGCUCGCAUAGCUGUUGAUCUUGAUCUGUUCAACCAUAUUUGUGCUGCUUCAGGAGAUGUUACAUCCAAACAGCUUGCAAAUCUAACCCGGGGAGAUGAGCUUCUUAUUUCACGUAUACUCCGUCUCCUAGCGGCUACUGGCUUCGUAGAUAACACUGGAGAAGAUGAAUGGAAGUCCAAUGAGACCACCCAAGCAAUGGCGAUGCCAGCCAUUGAGGCUGGCCACAGAUUUGUUUUUGAUGUUCUUGUAUCAUCGGCGAUGAAGGCCCCAAAGUAUCUCAGCGAAACCAAGUAUCAAGUGCCAACGGAGCCGACAGACACAUUCGUGCAGUAUGCAUUCCAAACACGAUUGCCUUUUUUCCAGUAUCUCCAGUCAAUGCCGUCGCUCAUGCAUGACUUCAAUCUCUUCAUGGGCAACACGAUGGGGAAUCGCCAGUAUUGGCAUGACUGGUAUGAUGUGCGAAAGCUUCUACUGACCGGGUUUGAUCGAUCUCAUAACUCAGUGCUACUCGUCGAUGUCGGUAGUGGUAAAGGUCACGAUAUGCUGGCCUUUCAUCAGGCCUUUGCUGAUUCUGCAACCGAGGUUUCGUUCCGCCUGGUCUUGCAGGACUUACCACCUGUCUUGGAAUCGGUCAGCGAACAUGAAUUACCGGCGGGCUUCGAGAAGAUGCCCCAUGACUUCUUUACCGAGCAGCCUGUGAAAGCGGCCCGUGGCUAUUUUCUGCAUCAUAUCCUCCACGAUUGGUCUGACCAAUACUGCAUCAAGAUCUUGCGAUGCCUCCGGAAAGCGAUGCUGCCUGGUUACUCUAAGCUUCUCAUUCAUGAGCUUAUUCUCCCAAAUUCUGGAGCCGAGGAGAUACAAGCGAGGUUUGAUCUUGUGAUGAUGACUUUGAGCGGGGGUAUGGAAAGGUCUAGAACCCAAUGGGUGAGGCUUCUUGAAGAGGCUGGCUUUUGCAACAUCACACUCUACGAGCAUUUGGAUCAUGACGGCAUAAUUGAGGCCGAGGUACCAAAUCAUUAGGUCGAAGAUAGAUCCUAGAUAUUCAUGUUUGCUCCGAUUACUUGAGUAUUGACC